AAAGAUUUUAUGGCAUGUCCCUCUGGUUUCCGGAGUACAUAAAGAAACUUCACGUUGAAGAGCGCCAAUCAAAGACUGUUGAUGUACAUAAUCAAACGAUUGAGGCUGUAGAAUUUAAUGCCACUCUGGAAAACAUCAACUUCUACGGCAGCCAUUUUCAAAACGUAAGGUUUCAAAGUAUGGUUCUGAGUCAUUGUAUCUUUGUGAACUGCGUCUUCGUGAAUUCCACGUUUGAUAAAGUACGCUCUAGCAAAACGUUUUUUCGCCAUUCAGAAUUUUUUGGUACUUGCUUCAUCGGUACGGACUUCCAUGGCUAUCGUUUCCAAGACUGCAAUCUCCACGACUCCGUUUACGUCAACACAAAACAAGGAUGCACCAUUGACUUUGAUGUCAACUUCAACCUCCGGACAAUUUUUUUAGAGAAUCUCUUUGCACAGUUAGCGAGUGUCCCUGGAAUUGUUAUUUCUUCGUGCCUUCUGGAUCGUCUGGGCCGAGUGAAAACAUUAGGUACAUCAUUGUUUCUAACCAGUCUUAGUGCAUUCUUCAUCUGGUUCUUGGAGUCGAAAGCUUCUGUUAUUGUAUUUGAAAGUGUCUUCUGUUUCAUUUCCAUAUCUGGAUGGAAUGCUAUUGAUAUCAUCACCACAGAGAUUUAUCCCACCCAUAUCAGAACAACGGGUUACGGAUUUUUAAGCUCCGUAAGUCGAUUUGCGGCCAUUUUAGGAAACCUCACAUUCGGCACGUUCAUUAACACAAGUAAAGCCGGGCCUAUGUUAACGACUGCCGCGGUUCUUCUAGUUGGUGGUAUUACUUCACUCCAACUACCAGAAACAAGAGAUACUUUUAUGUGA